AACUUUGCCCAUAACCCAACGAACACCUUUUUGUCGUUCUCACAGUCUCUCUUUAUUUAAACUUCUCAUCCGAAGGCUCCUCCUCAACUCUCUCUCUAGCUCUCAAUACCCGUCUGCCAUUUGCAUCCAAAAGCAAAAACAUGGCUGAAACCAAAAUCCCAGGCUUGGCCAUCUCCGACAAGAAACGUGCCGGGUCCGAUGACUUCGAUGGCGACAAUAUCAUCAGCGCGAAGAAACAAAUGCUGUCUGCGGCAUCUACGUGGGAUGACCCGGCAGCUGCGUUAGCUGCUGCUCGCCACGAAUUCGGCGAGCAUGGAGGCGUGAACAUGUCCAUCGAGGCCUCGGCUACCUUCACUGUGAUGGAGCCCGAGACCCUGAGCCGUAUGUUCACAGGGGAGCUAGGCCCCGACCGCGACUUCUUCAUCUACAGCCGUCACUUCAACCCGACUGUGUUGAAUCUUAGCCGUCAGAUGGCGGCUUUGGAAGGCACUGAAGCCGCCUAUUGCACCUCCAGCGGCAUGGCCGCGAUAUCCUCUGUACUCCUCCAACUCCUCAGCAGUGGAGGCCACGUCGUCGCCUCCACGGUCCUCUACGGCGGGACCCACGCCCUGCUGACCCACUUCCUCCCCAGGGCGUGCAACAUUAAGACAACGUUCGUGGACAUGAACAAUUUGGAAUCGGUGAGCAACGCCAUCGUCCAAGGCCGAACCAAGGUGCUGUACUUCGAGUCCAUCUCGAACCCCACGCUGAGUGUGGCUAACAUACCCGAGCUGAGCCGUAUAGCACACGAGAAGGGAGUCAAGGUCGUUGUCGACAACACCUUCGCUCCCAUGGUGGUCUCGCCUGCUCGGCUCGGCGCCGACGUCGUGAUUCACAGUAUCACCAAAUUCAUAAGCGGUGGGGCCGACAUUAUUGCAGGAGCUGUGUGUGGGCCUGCAAGUCUUGUGAACUCCAUGAUGGACCUCCACCAAGGGACCCUGAUGCUUUUGGGGCCUACAAUGAACCCCAAAAUUGCAUUCGAACUAUCUGAGAGAAUUCCCCACUUGAGCCUAAGAAUGAAGGAGCAUUGCCACCGAGCACUGGUCUUCGCCACAAGGAUGAAGAAGCUGGGCCUUAAGGUCAUCUACCCAGGGCUUGAGGACCACCCGCACCACACCCUUUUGAAGUCCUUUGCCAACAAAGACUAUGGCUACGGUGGGAUUCUUUGCAUUGACAUGGAGACCGAGGAAAGGGCUAACAGGCUGAUGCACCACUUGCAAAAUAGCACCCAGUUUGGGUUCCUGGCAGUUAGCCUGGGAUAUUAUGAGACCCUUAUGUCCUGCUCAGGCAGUAGCACCAGCAGUGAGAUGAAUGAUGAGGAGAAGGCGCUGGCCCGAAUUUCACCAGGGUUGGUGAGGAUGUCAGUCGGAUACCUUGGGACAUUGGAGCAGAGGUGGAGCCAACUCGAGAAGGCGAUUUCCAGAAUACAGGACUCAGGUUCCUUGAACAAAUACUGAUAUCACCAUUUUCUGGAGCCAAGUGCUAAAAAUAGUCUGUGUAAGGGUUCUAGCUGUUGGUCGUUGUUCAUGUUGGAGUACUGGGUGCUUAACUCCAGUCUAGAAUUGUGAAUGCUAAUAUAAAUAUGUAUAUUAGCUUUCCUUUGAACAGUACUGUAAUGUUUUGCUGGUAUAUCUGCCUGCAUGGAGUACUCUAAUGUAAUCAUCUAUGGUAUAUAAUUAAUAAUCGAGCUUCCCUAUACA